GUUCCUAAUUACAGGCUCCUCUGACAAUAGGGACCUCUCCUCUUCCACUGGGGCAGAGAGGACAGCCUCCUCCCUACAGGUCCUUGUGACCACGGCCACGUGCCUGACUCAGACUGAGAUGCUUCUGGCAGAACCCCAUCCCUCCCCUCUUCCUACUGCUGAAUUCACCUUUCCAGGUGGGUUGUGCAGCUCUUACAGUGAAUGACCUGGACCCUUGGCUUCCAAGUCAGACCCUUGACUUGGUCUGCAUUGUCAAGUGCCCGAAGUUGACUCUUCUCUUGCCAAGUGUUCUACCAAUAACAAUAAAUAAUGACAAUAACAGCACCAUCGUGUUGGUGCUGGACACUUUUUAUAUGCCAGGCCUUGUGCUGAAUUUUAUAUAUGGGCUUUUUGUCUUCAUAGACUUAAUUCUUUAGAUCAGUUUUAGGUUUAAGGGAAAAAUGUGCAGAAAGCACAGAGAGUUCCCAUAUCCUCCCUCUUCCCCCUCCUCCCUGUGAUUAACAUCUUGCCUCAGUAUGAUACACGUGUUACAGUUGAUGAGCUAGUAUUGAUACGUUAUUCUUGUUUUUGAAACAUUACUGUUAAUGAAAGUCCGUGGCUUACAUCAGGGUUGGCUUUUUGUGCUGUUCCACGGGUUUUCUUAAGUGCAAAUGCCACGCAUCUCCCGUUACAUUGUAGUACAGAAUAGUUUCACUGUCUAAAAAUAAAAAUGCCUGUGUUCCACCUAUUCAUCUCUCCCUCCUUUCUCUCCUCCCCCGACAACCACUGAUCUUUUUACUGUCUCUAUAGUUUUGCCUUUUUCCAGAAUGCCGUAUGGUUGGAAUCAUACAGUUUGCAGCCUCUUCAGACUGACCUCUGACCCUUAGUAAUACGCAUUUAAGGUUCUUCCAUGUCUGUGUUUUAUUCUUCCAUUUAGUCCUCAGUGCACCUUUACAGGUGGGUACCGCUAUGUCCAUUUUACAGAUGAGGAAACCGAAGUCAAGAGAAGAUGAGGGACUUGUCCACAGACACAUAGCUAGUCAUAACACAAGUCUUGCCUGAUUCUGGAACCCCUGUUUUUAAGCACCAUGUUGCAUUGCUUCUUAGGGAGACAGAGAGCUGUUAACAGUUUGGGGGAGAGGGGCCUCCAAGGAGAGUGAGGAAAAGUAAAGUAAAAAGAUAAACAUUUUGGAGAAUUCGGGAAAGUCCAUGGCAGUCCACCUCAGCAAAGCCUCUUUGGGAGGUCAGAACCACACACAGUUACCAAGAGUCUGCAUUUGUGACUUUGUCUUGUGCCUCAGUGGCUGUAACACGAGUAACAGUGCUGAUACUUUCACCAGAAUAGUCCCCAGUGCCCUAGAACUACGUUGUGUGUGAGCCAGGUCCCCACACGAGGUGUGGGACAGGUAGCUCUGAGAUGUUCUGAUUGAGCCUCAUGGUGAUAGAAUAGUGUGCUCCCUCAGCCCAAACCUUCCAAGGCUGACGAUAAAGGUGAGGGUUACAGAAAUACGAAAUCUGAUGGAGGUACAGGAAGAGUCAUCCCUGUCUCUCCUCCUGGCAUCUUCCACCAGGAUUUUUGACUGACAUGGACAACACGAUUUUAUAUCCUGUUGCUGUGUGCACUGCAUCUAGAUUGAACCAAAGGAAAUGAAGAAACCAAGNGCCCCUUUUGCCUUCCUUUCCACCAAGCCCAGUUUGUCAGAGUCACUGUCAUGGCUGCUGAUAGACUCCAGACCUCACAGGUGUUGUUUCACUACCGACUUAUUUUCUCCUUGAGUCUGACAGUCAAACAUGGCUGGCUUGCCAUUUAAAUUUAUGUCACUGUUUGCCUUGAGAUGCUGUGGCCUAUUGACAGCAAAUUUGUAUGUCACCAUAGUACUUUUCCUUCAAAAAGGAAGAUCUCACAGUGCAAGGCAAUGUGAAAUAGAAUCUAGAAUGUAAGCAUGGUGUGGAAGAUGUACAGGGCAGGGAAUGGGUUAAGCUCAGCGGCAGUCCCGGGUCUUGACACAAAACAUGGGUGUGCUUUUUGGUCUUGACUUGCAUAUCUGUAAGAGAAUGAGGAGGAUUCAGUGGCCCCUGGGGCACUCCCACUACUCCCGUCUAUGAGUCAUUGAUCCUGAGAGUAGGAAGGAGAAUUUGUCUCGCUGUGUCCCCUUAGCACCUUGUCAUUGAGAACUGACCAUACAUAUACUCAUGCCCACAAGGUAAAGGGAAUCAACAGUGAAGGACAUGGAACGUGCCAGAAGGCAGACACAGUGUUUGCUGCUGUUAAGUGAUUACACUGGCCACACCAUUGGCCUCUGGUGGUUUCAGCCCCUUCACAGAGAGAAUCCCCAAUUCUCAGGGGCUCCUCUUUCCUUGUCAUUUACUCUCACAUGGAAUGUCUGGUUAGUUUGGGGUUCAUUCAGUAUCCCAUAUUUUUCUCUAAUAUGAACUUCCCCACCCAUUGCAGACUGGACCUGAGGUCAUGUGGCCAUGUGGCCAUGUGUCCAAGUGGGAGGAAAUAGAUUCUGGGAUUUUGGACUUCCAGACCUCACUGCCUCAAGUGGAGAGGCUGAGAGACAGAUUGGAUUGGGAGCUCUUGCAGUCACCAGCGUUUCUUUUCCAGAUCCCCUGGAUCAGCAACCCUAAACAGUACUGAUGAGGUUGGCAUGUUGCCCUGUAGCAUGUCCUGAUCUGUCAUCCGUUAGUGAUGUCUGCUGUGAGCAUCUGGGGUAUGGAUGGGAGUGGUUUUAGGUCUUAUAUGUGUCAUCCCUUCUUUGGGUAUUUUCCAACGCUCACUUCCCCUUGGGAUGGACGUGAAUGUUCACAUGUGGCUUAAAGCGUCCGUUUCUCUUACAUGCUCUGCUUGUAGGAUGUGCGACGUGUGCCCGGGGUUGCCCCGACUCUUGUCCGGUCGGCAUCUGAGACCAGUGAGAAACGCCCCUUCAUGUGUGCUUACCCGGGCUGCAAUAAGAGAUAUUUUAAGCUGUCACACUUACAGAUGCACAGCCGGAAGCACACUGGUGAGAAACCAUACCAGUGUGACUUCAAGGACUGUGAACGAAGGUUUUCUCGUUCAGACCAGCUCAAAAGACACCAAAGGAGACACACAGGUGUGAAACCAUUCCAGUGUAAAACUUGUCAGCGAAAGUUCUCCCGGUCUGACCACCUGAAGACCCACACCAGGACUCAUACAGGUAAAACAAGUGAAAAGCCCUUCAGCUGUCGGUGGCCCAGCUGUCAGAAAAAGUUUGCCCGCUCAGACGAAUUAGUCCGCCAUCACAACAUGCACCAGAGAAACAUGACCAAACUCCAGCUGGCGCUUUGAGGGGGUCCGACCCAGGGACACAUCUAUGUCCCAGGCAGGACAGUGUGUGAACUCCUUUCAAACCUGACUUUAAAAUUCCUCCUCACUCACCUAAGAAGGAAAUGGCCGGUGAUCGUCUUCAUCCAGCUUCCAAGACAAGAUGCUUGUCCUACCGGAUCCUACCAGGUUUGCCCAGAGGGGUCGGGCUCUGCCCUGCUUGCUUUUAGUUGAUUCAAAGGCCGUGGAGAAGCGGCUGUCAAUGUCUAGUUAGUUAAAAGCCCAUCUCCGCCAUUUGGUCUGGAUUUUCCACUGUAAGAAGAGCCAUUGUUGAUAAUGUCCCCCUGCCCCCUCUUCUUCUCCUUUUACACUCCUCUUCGCUAGGAAUGGAGUCAUUGUACCAUUUUCCAUCAUAGAAUAUUUAUAGGCCGGGGCAUGUGUAUGUGUCUGCUAAUGUAAACUUUGUCAUGGUUUCCAUUUACUAACAGCCAGAAAUAAAUCAGAGAGCAAAGCGCUGGGGCUGAGUCCCGUCCGGCAUUCCGGAGGUUAGACAGGCCGCUAACCUGGAAGGCAGAUGUAAUGCUACCAGGCACCUUUAAAAAUGUGUGCGUUUCAAGCAGCUGAAGAAAGAACCAGAACUAACCAGUACCUCUGUAGAGAAAUCUAAAAGAAUCUUCCCGUUCGGCUAAUUCAAUGUUAACAUGAGCACAACGCUGUUAAGAAACUGUGCUUGAAGGUCUGAGAUUUUGGUUUUGUUUAUUUUCGAUUUUUUUGAGUUGUAAUCACAUGCAUCUCCCGAGAUGUACAUAUCUCCUCACACAAAGGAAGUGGAAUUCAUUUUUAUCAUCUGGGGUGUCCUUAGAGUGUACAGACCACGUUGGGUGUGUGGCUUCAAGUUGUAAAAAUUAAAGUGAUUCUAGAAGAAAAUUGGGCUGGUCCAGGAUCUCCACUGAUAAGACUGUUUUUAAGUAACUUUGAGUCUACCAGUGUAUGCGACAAAAUGAGACUUACUAGUGUGAGGAAAUCCAUUGUUUAAAUGUGGUUGUGUGUGUGUGUGUGUGUGUGUGUGUGUGUAAAGGAGGGUGUUUAUUAUUUACUGUUGCUUGAAAUUAUUGUGUAAAUAUAUAUAUCUGAUAAUGAUUUGCUCUUUGACAACUAAACUUAGGAAAUGUAUAAAUGUUAGAUGCAUCACUGUUUUGGUGUUGAUCUUACAACGUAUCAAUGAUAACACUAAAAAUGUAACCUGCAUUUUUCACUUCACUCUCAAUUAAAGUCUAUUCAAAAGGAAAGUGGCAAGAUUGUAUCAGCUGCAUUGUGUUCAACUCUUAAGAACAGUUGAGACUGUCUGAAACAGGUAAGAAGACGCUACUGGACAUCGAUGAUCACUACUGUAGUCUGUCCACGUCCUGACUGCCCUCUGUUUCUCCCUGUUGAACCUCAGGAGGCAAUUACCCAUCCUGGAAGCAGCCAAAAUCCUUUUAAAGUGAUGGCACUCAGGCUGUGCUCAGGUGGGUUUGUGGAUGGCAUGGUGGGAAGCGCGUUCAAGGGUUUAUUUUAAUCAGGCUAUCCUCGUAUCACUUGCUACUCCAGGUCAGCAAAUGAGAAUAGGGAUGCUAAUGAUGACUGGUCUUUCUGGAAAGUUCACAGGUACAUACUGCAGGCAGGAGGCCAUGGGCUGAACACCUGGCACAAUGGAGUUGCCAACUGUAGUUGCUAUACGCCAGCUCAGCAGGUUCAAAGCUGCUUAGACUUUCCAGGACAGCCGAGUGUAAAAGCAAAGGUCUACGUUAUGUAUGAACUAUGAACUCUGUCUGGUUCUGGUGUAUGGUCUCUGCGCUGUAAGUAAGGAGAUUGAGCUGGUGCCGCCCCUCCCAGCGCCAGGAGCUGGAGUGCGCAUGCGUCCAGCUACACCUCUUCAUUUACAAUGUAUCCCCAGCAGACCGCAGCUCAGAGUUCGGGCCGCCUAAAAGUCCGGUCCUGAGGCCCCUCGUCGUUUGCAUCUGGCUCUUGCAUCACUGUUAAUUAUAGCGAGUAUGGUGACUCAUUUGUAUCAGCCGGUUUUAUCUUUUCCUGCCAGAAGACAGCAUUUCUCUGGAGAAGCUCAGGACAAGCAUGGCAACGUCAGCAAGUCAGAGUGAGCCAGGUUUCACAACAAAAGCAAAGCCACAUUGUUUCAACGGCAGGAGGAAGACCAGAGAUUCUCACACUGCCCUAGUGGCUUAGCAGGCGACAGUUAAGGUCAUGGGCUUCGGUAAGCCGACCAACCUGGGUUCAAAUCCUAAAUCCCCAGUUUGCUCCUCUGUAAGGUAGGGGCGGAAGAUUCCCCUGCCUGAUAGGAUUAUUGUGAAGAUUAAAUUUGGAAGGGAGGGAGGGAGGAAGGGAGAAAAGAAAACAUUUAGGACAUAGCAAAGGCUUAAAAAGCAUUACCUAGGGAACUGAUUACGCAAGAACUC